AUGGCGGACAACUCAUCUUCGGUCGAGAUUGUGGAGGGCUGCCGCUUGCCAGUUCUUCGUAAAAACCAAGAACACGAGGACGAAUGGCCAUUGGCGGAGAUUCUAAGUGUGAAAGAAGUUUCUGGGAGAAAGCUGUACUAUGUUCACUACAUCGACUUUAACAAGCGUCUGGAUGAGUGGGUCACAGGAGACCGGCUGGACAUGAAAAAGCUCCAGUUUCCUAAAAAAGAAGCUAAAACGCCAACAAAGAAUGGACUUUCUGGCUCCCGUCCAAGUUCACCAGAGAGAGAAGUUGUGAGUGAGAGGACUGAAACCCAGAUCCCAGAUCCAACUUUGCCGAAGAAACAGAGGAAGAGUCUAGAUCUCAACCCACAAUCUGCCACAGCUCCUUCCAGAGGCAAAACCCUCCCCACACCGAAGAGGAAAGUGGAGACGGUUCCCCUGGUACCCCAGGUGCCUCCAGCACCCCCCGUCCCCUCAAUACCAAGUUCAGCAGAGGCUUCCCAGGCAGCGGUUUUUCCUGCUAUACGGGAGACCAACACCUUCAAGGCCCGAGAGGACCAUGACCAGCUCACCUCACUCACAACGAACGGCACUGCCAGACGCCUCAUUCCCGCUCAGCCCGGGAGGAAGAGGAAAGCCAACUGUGGGGGUACUGAUGAGAUGAUAAAGGUUUUGCAGUAUAACAAGCCUCAAAGUGCCAGUGUCUUUCUACCACCACCAGAGGAUUCCCAGGACAGUUCAGAUGGCAUCCCAACAGCACCUCGCAUGACAGGCAGCCUGGUGUCAGAUCGCAGCCACGACGACAUCAUCACUCGGAUGAAAAAUAUCGAGUGCAUAGAGCUGGGACGGCACAGACUAAAGCCCUGGUACUUCUCGCCGUACCCGCAGGAACUCACCGCAUUGCCCAUCCUCUACCUCUGUGAAUUCUGUCUCAAGUACCUCAAAAGCCUGAAGUGUCUCCAGAGGCAUUUGACCAAAUGUAAUUUAAGACAUCCUCCAGGCAACGAGAUCUACCGCAAAGGCACCAUCUCAUUUUUCGAGAUUGACGGCAGGAAAAACAAAAAUUACUCCCAGAACCUGUGUUUACUCGCCAAGUGUUUCCUGGACCACAAAACAUUGUAUUACGACACGGACCCUUUCCUCUUCUAUGUAAUGACGGAGUACGACUCUAAAGGAUUCCACAUAGUGGGCUACUUCUCAAAGGAAAAAGAAUCAACAGAAGAUUAUAACGUCGCCUGUAUCCUGACUCUGCCUCCUUACCAGCGCAGAGGCUAUGGAAAGCUGCUCAUUGAGUUUAGCUAUGAGCUGUCCAAAGUGGAGGGGAAGACCGGCACUCCAGAGAAGCCGCUGUCUGAUCUCGGCCUCUUAUCUUAUCGUUCCUACUGGUCCCAAACAAUUCUUGAAAUUCUGAUGGACCUCAAACCUGACAAUGGAGAAAGGCCACAAAUCACAAUCAAUGAGAUCAGUGAGAUCACAAGCGUCAAGAAAGAAGAUGUAAUUUCAACACUUCAGUACCUGAACUUGAUAAACUAUUACAAGGGUCAGUACAUCCUUACACUCUCAGAGGAAAUUGUGGAUGGUCACGAGAAAGCGAUGCAGAAGAGGCACCUGCGCAUAGAUCCUAAAUGCCUUCACUUCACUCCAAAGGACUGGAGCAAAAGGGGGAAGUGGUAGUCUUGGCUGGGUUUACCAGUUCCUGUCCCUCAUCAGGGACAGCAGGCUUGAAGCUGAUGGUGAAUCAGAACAUUUUUGGUCAAGUAUUCACUUUGAGAACUUUUUUGAUUCCAGGGCUCUUCUUCAGAUGAGAGACACUGAGCUCUGAGCCACAUGAGCUUUUAUUAAGGACGCUUAGCAUAUUGUGAAUUUCUAAUGUUGUCAGACUUGGACUAGAUAAUAGUAACUACGCCAAACAUACAAUACACCCUCUACUGUGUGAAAGAUGUUGACCAAAACAGUGCAUUAAAGUGACAUGUGUCUGUUUUAGAGUGUAAAUUAAAAGCAUAAAAGUACAAACACAAAAGUCACACGAAAGUGACUAUAUAGUUUGUAGUUGUACAGUAACGGGUUUUUUUUUUUGGCAAAAAAAAAAGUUUCUAAACCCUACAAAGCCAGAUUAUUGUCUAACUCUUUUGACAUAUGCAGAAUAUACAUAUUCUGCAUCUUCCACAUGAGAAUGUUGUCUUCACAUAUUGUUUUAUAAUUACCAAAUUAUUUGACGGCCCAACAAAACGUCCCCCUAUGUUUAAACGGCACAUUAAAUAAGCCUCUCUUUAUGUGCAGCGCUCCAUCAUUACACAUUUUUGUUUGAAUCUUUCUUUCUGUACAAAUGUAUUUCGAGCUAUAAGAAUUGUCAAACAAGUUUGGAAUCGAUGUGGGUAGCGGAAGAAGGCUGCUUUUUUACACUCAGUACCUGUAACCUAAAGGGGAUGUAGUGUCUCUGUGUACUUUUGAAAAAUGUAGGCUUCAGAUUCAGAUUUUUGUAUGGAAGGUGUAUAGGGGUAUGUUUGAAUUCGUAUGUAUUCAGUAAAUUUUCAUAGGUGACUCUGGUAAGUGCCUGAAUUUAAAUGUAUCUCAAUGGACAGAACUUGGAUAUGGUCUGACAGUAUUUUAUGAUACACUUCAGGGUGCUUUUACCAUCAACUAAUCAAUGAAAUAUGGGUCACUUACAAUCUCAAUUUAGAAAAAAUACCAAACAUCAGAACCUGCAUGUGUAAGAACCAACAUAGAUCAUUUGGAUUUAUUAAAAAAUAGUGAUCUAGCUCAGCUUUUUAUCACCAUAUAUAUUAUUUUAUGUCUAGAAGCGUCAUUGUUCAUUUGUGAUCAUUCUAAACUAUUUAUUUUUAUUUCUAUUCACCUCUUAAUCAGUCAGAUGAAUUCAUUUUUCCUAAGUUAAACUUGUGUUCUCUGUGACUGUACAUGCUGAAGACAGAAGCCAUGCUGAACUGUUAGAGGAAUGUAAAUUUAGUGUACAGUUGUUUUGUAUUUUUACUUGCUGUUGUUUUAACAGACUGCACAAUAUCUACAAAAAUACCUGAAAGUGAUAUUUUCCCUUUUUCUUUGUGUUUUAUGUUUACAUGUAAAAAAAGAAAAAAAAGAAAAGGUGAAUCUGCCAUGUUAAAAUAAUUGAGCAUAUCUUUAUGUGAAGCACACAAGUGUCAUUUGACCGUUUGAUAUGAAAAGCUUGUUGAGUUCAUAAAAAACAAGUUGAAAACCUCAUGGAUGUCUUCAAAGUUUAUGUUUGGGAUUCCGUGUUGGGAAAAAGAGGUUCAAGUCACUUAUUGUUGAGGUUCCUGUAAUAAAUUCCGACAUCUGUGA